CGCACGUUUCCCGCGGGCGCUAACGCAAAGCCGCACCGCGCUUACGAUGUUGUGAAUGAGGAUAGAGUGACGUCAGCGGCCGAAUGUCAACAAUGUAGCGACUGUAGGCGUUCCAGUCGAGAGUAACAAACAGCGGAGACGGAGCGGCACGCCGCGCUGGAGCACCGCGCGCACACACGCACGCAGUCGUACACACAACAGAGUCACACACGGUGUUUUUUACUGAAGUGACACAAAAGCGAGGUGCUGCAUCGGGACAAGAAGUGACCUCUCUGAGGAAAGGAGUUAUCAUGUGAGAGAACUUAUGAGGGACACGGACAAAAGGGCUGGAGACGCGCGGAAUAGAAAGUAAAAGAACAUUCCUGAAACAACCAACUGACAGCAAAAGUGUUCCCAUUGAUGUUCAGUUAUCACGGGCGUGAGCGGAAUGUCCGUGGAUGAGAAGCCUGAAGCCCCCAUGUAUGUGUAUGAGUCGACAGUUCAUUGUACCAAUAUCCUCCUCUGCCUCAACGACCAGCGGAAGCAGGAUAUCCUGUGCGAUGUAACCGUCCUGGUGGAGGGGAAGGAGUUCCGCGGGCACCGCUCCGUGCUGGCCGCCUGCAGCGAGUACUUCCUGCAGGCGCUGGUGGGCCAGGCGGAGAAUGGCUUGGUGGUCAGCCUUCCGGAAGAGGUCACUGCCAGGGGAUUCGCUCCAUUGUUGCAGUUUGCCUACACUGCUAAGCUGUUACUCAGCAGAGAAAACAUCCAGGAGGUCAUCCGCUGUGCCGAAUUCCUGCGCAUGCACAACCUGGAGGACUCAUGCUUUCGCUUCCUGGAAGCACAGCUGCGCCGCGAGGAGGACGGCUUGCUGCUCUGCCACAAGGUGGCGGCAGCAGAAGUGAACAACUCACAGGAUGAGAGCAUGCAGUCUGAGGUGGAGAAACCCACCUCCCCGAAGGCACGACGGCGCGCCGAAGCCCUCACUUCCUUUGAACACCCUGACGAGGAUCGGCUAGCGAUGGCUAUUCCCAGUAACUUCUCCGAUGGCCGGCUGGACUUUGACAGGCACGGAGCGUCAGACCUGCCGCGAUGCCCAAAGUACAGGAAAUACCAGUGGGCCUGCAACAAGCACAAUAAUGACACAUCCUCACACACCAGUACCUCAGGUUUUCCAAGCACAUUAAAAGAGAGCAGCGUCAGCGGGGCACUGCCGGGUCAGGACAGGCUGCCUUUGGCACAGAUCAAAGUUGAACCACAGGUAGACGAAGAGGCCAUCUCAUUGUGCCUGUCAGGGGAUGAGCAGGGGGGCAGGGAUAAGGACAGUGUGACGAGCAUGGAGAUGGAUAACCCCAUAUCUGUGGAGAGAACCAAGAGAACCAAGUCCCCUUCCUGCCUCCGAGCCUUCUUCAAGAAAGGGGUGGACCUGCCCAACACUUCACAGCAGCUAUUCACCAACAGACUUGUCUGUCCCCAGGACAAAGUAAACUCUCAGGGAGAUCAUAAAAAUGACUUCAGGCCUUUCACUGGGGAGCUGGGUCUGCCUGUUACAUCCCCAAAGGACGUUGACAGUUUCCCUGCAGGGUUGUCCCUCAAGUCCGCUUCCUGUGAUGGGGUCUGCAAACAGGAAGUUGAGCUUGAUCGCCGUAGUGUCAUAUUUUCCUCAGGGGCAUGCAAACGUCUGGGAACCCCAGCACAUUCCUACCCUGGUGGAAACUCUUUGGAGAUGGAGCUCUCUGAGCACAUGCCAAAGGGCCUGUGGGCCGGAGCCAGCCAGUCCCUCCCCACGUCGCAGACCUACUCUCCCAGCACCACCUCCAGCGACCCCCUACUCCUGUGCCGCCCGAGACCCAACACCAGCUGCCCAGUGCCAAUCAAAGUGUGCCCGCGCUCACCGCCUUGUGAAACACGCACCAGGACUUCCAGCUCCUGCUCCUCGUACUCCUAUGCAGAGGACGGCAGCGGGGGCUCUCCCUGCAGCCUGCCCCAGUUUGAGUUCUCCUCCUCUCCGUGCUCCAACGUGGCACGCUGCCUCAAUGUGGACCAGCAGGAGCAAAGUGUGGGCGGGGAGGCCCUUUUUAACCAGGUGCGGCCUAAGAUCAAAUGCGAGCAGUCCUACGGCACCAACUCCAGCGACGAGUCGGGCUCCUUCUCAGAGGGAGACAGCGAGUCCUGCCAUGUGCAGGAGCCAGGGCCAGAGGUAAAGCUGCCUUUCCCUGUAGAUCAAAUCACAAAUCUUCCACGGAACGACUUCCAAAUGUUGGUGAAAAUGCACAAACUGACCUCGGAGCAGCUGGAGUUUAUCCAUGACGUGAGGCGGCGGAGUAAGAAUCGCAUCGCGGCUCAGCGCUGCCGCAAGAGGAAGCUCGACUGCAUCAUGAACCUGGAGUGUGAGAUCAGAAAACUGGUGUGUGAGAAGGAGAAGCUGCUGACGGAGAGGAACCAGCUGAAGGCGUGUAUGGGGGAGCUGUGGGAGAACUUCUCCUGCCUGUCCCAGGAGGUGUGCCGCGACGUGCAGCUGAGCCCUGAGCAGGUCCAGUCUCUCAACCACUACUGCCCCGUGCUGCGGCCCGCCAACUCCACCGACACCCCCCCCAACACCACCAGCAUCGACCUCACCACCCACUCUGGCUCUGCCACGCCGGAGCCCAGCUUCCACGGAUCGCCCGGGGCGGCAGAUAGCGAGCCCGACUCGGCGGUCAGAAACGGGCCGGACAGAGAAACAGACAGCCAGGACGCCGGCCUGUACGAUGAGUCAGGGCUGGUCAAAUCCAACCAGGCGGUAACGGUGGAUUUCUGCCAGGAAAUGACUGACAAAUGUACAACUGAUGAGCAGCCGAGGAAGGACUGCGCUAAUUAGUGGUGGUUCUCUGUGUUGUUGAUUUUGAUGUUUUUUUAAUUAUUUAAUUUUACUCUUCUGACAAACCCACUCUCAGGGUUGCUGAGACAGUCAGCCUCUGCCAGUGUUCACUGAAAAACAAGCUUUGUUUGUAUUUAUGUAUUUUUGUGCUGUUUUCUUUUUGUUUUUUGAACGGUUGACACUAAAGUUGUCUUAACAGCAGCAAUACUGUUCUCCAGGUAUUCUCCUCUUACCACAGAGUGGGAACUUCUCACCAAACAUUACAACGGUGCUAUCCUCGCCCAACAGCAACCUCUACAGUGGGGACUCGCCCCCCCCACGUGUCACUCAUCACAAGUCAAAGUGGAACCUCAUCGGACCUAAACAGCAGCUCUCUGUGUCUCUCUGUUCCUGUCUUCCUCUUUCUCUGUCUCCCACUCUGUCUCUAUCAAUCUUCUCUACCUCUUUCUGUCUCACUUUUCUUUCUCUCUGUCUGUCUGUGGUUCGUCUCUCACUAUAUCUCAGUGGCCCUUUUUGUCACAGCAAUUCAAACUCAGGAAAAAAAAGAAUCCUCUGAAUGUUCAACCGAAUUCAUGAAAAAAUGAGAAUGCAGCUUCUGUACACGGGGAGUUAAGAUGCAGUUGACUUUUUAAAAUGUUCAUAUGCAAAUAUGUCUUUGAGCGUCUGGCAUUUGUAAUUCUGUACAGGAGAACUGUGUGCAGGCUGUAACCGAAAACAUUCCUCCUUUGCCUUCCUCAGCACUGAAUUGAAAGGAAAACGUUUUUUGCAGGCGGUUAGAUGGCUAUUUCUAUUUCCCACUCAUCAGCAAUACCAUUGUAUUUGGAUGUUGUAACGGUGACUUUCAAGUGCUUGUUUGGCAGAAAUGUACAUAGUAUGGAGCAUGAUGACUGUAAUAGUGAUUUUGUACUGGUAGAGGCUUAGACGUUUCUUUUUCACGGGGUUAUAUCAAGCACCUUUUGCUAAGGGAAAAUCUUUGCUUUGCUGUUUCCUGUCCUGCCUAACGAAUGCUCCCUAUCACGGUGAGCGUUCCUAUACUCAGGAAAUCAGCUCCACAUGAAGACACACACAUGCAGUACAUACAGACACAUGCGUCAAAACACAUGUACAAUUUUUAGCCCCAUGCAUGUAUAAAAGUUAGACAUUCAAGUUGUGUUUUAUGCGAGGCUCUUCCCCCUUUUCCUCUUUAAAUGUGAAAAAAGAGUUCUGUCUUGCGUUGUUUGGAGGACAUUUUAUUAUCAGUAUUUUAAGAUGCUCUCGCAGACGUGUUUUGGGCUUAUUCGAUAUUGCCGUUAGAUGUUAGGAGACAGCAAAAAGUGAAGCCAACAAAUAAGUGACAGAUACUAAAAAAGAAUUUGAAUUGAUCCUGAGAAAGAGAAAAAGAUUGACUUCAGUCAGGCACUUUGUUUUGGCCCCAAGCGCUCAGAGCCAUUUAGCACUUCAAUAAGGUCUUUGUCUUUGUGUCAGACCUCCUCAAAGUCUCAGACUGGAGCACUUAAACUUCAAGAGGAAACAUCUUGUUUAUAUAAAUAUACAAUAAAAAUAUCUUUAUGAAGAAAAUGUAUCCGAAAGCUAAAAAGAAGCUAAUGUUUUAGACCUUAUAUUUGUAUUUCUUUAGGAAUUGAAUAAGCUAAUUCAAAUUGUAUUCUACGUGAAAGCAGUGUGUUGAUUGAGUAACAAUCAUAUAAGAUAGUAACACGUUUGCCCUAAUUGUGCAUUUGUUUGACCAUCCUCAUUUGUGAUGUGCAUGCAUGCUGCCUAGCUUUAGGCCUAGUUAGUUUGUCUUCUUCUGUUUACCUUCUCUGAAGCAGUCUGCUUUUAAACUGAUAUCUUUUUGAAAUGUCUAUGUAUAAAAAGGCAGAAAGAGUUGAUAUUAACCCUAACUAGAGGAGGCUUUCAGAGCCGUACUCUAGCACAAGGUUGAAUUCAAAUGGUAUUUAAAAGUGUAUUCAUUGCUCUUUAAAGCCCCAAUCCAAAGAGACUAUCCCUGAGUUCACUGGAGCUAAUGUAGCUUGUAGUGAAGCUAAUGUUUCAUUAGCUUCACUACAUCAAUGUAAUCUCUCAUUGAGUAUCCUUACUCUAAAGAAUAUUCUCUUCGAUAAAAAAAAUUCUACUUAAACUGACUUUGUAGUAUUUAUUAGAUUGAAAUCUUAUAGCCAUGUAUGGCAGGUCAAACUAAGAUGCUAGAUAUGUGCUACCAGGAUAGCCUGUAGCAGCUAGCUACACCACCUACUCCCCCAUCCAACUCAGGGUGAUUUGUUCUUACUUGAAAUAAACCGAGAAACAGUUUUUAUAGUAAUCCCUGCAAAAUAUUAUUUUUUCUGGCCAAACAAGUCUGGGAUUUGGGCUUUAAAAUGUGAAUGAAAGGUUUAAAAGUUCUCCCCCUGAUUUUAAAUAAUUAUAGAUGUAUAAGAAAUGUCUCAGGUGAGACUGUUUUUUAUACAGCCAAACAAUUAAGUGUAUUUUAUAAAACCGUCUUACAAAGUUGGGAUACAAAGACCCAAACACACACACACACACACACACACUCACACACACACACACACACACACACACACACACACACACACACACACACACACACACACACACACACUCAUACACAGCAGUAGAGGACCUUCAUCCGCUGGUGUGUUUUUUUUGUGUUUGUUCAGCCCUUUAUCAAAUGUGUGCUCUUCUUCAUUCUUGUAUGCAUAUGUCCUGCAGCAACACAGUAUCUACCCACAGAGAUUGUACCAGGUUCCAGGCAGAAAGCUAAACAUUACAGACGCUUAUUUUCUGCAAACAUUUUGCAACUCGCUUUUUAUUCAUGUACUUUUUCAUCUGCCUAAUCUUAAAUUGAGGAGGCCCGGUGUUGCAUUUGCGAGCGUCGACUCUGACUUUAUGUCUCUGUGUGGAGAAAAUUAAUUUGUGAAGUUUGUGUUGUAGCAAAACUAUUGUAACAAAGGCCCCUGGGUGUCUCCUCACACAUUAAUAAUACAACAAUGAUCACAUCCUUUUUUUUGCAUAGCAGAACUUCUACCUAUUGAAUGUUGAUAAUUCAACGUAGCAAACCUUAGAAUCCCGUGGAGCUCGGGUGAUUCAGUGCUCGGUCAAAGUGCAGUAACAGGCAUCCUCUGCAACAUGUCAACUCGUAUUUAAAUGGUCCAUUCAAGUUACAAAAACAAAUGAUCACUUACUGUAUGUCUUGUAGACACUGGUCACGCAGAUAGAUCUGGUUUUAUUGGUUCAUGUUUUGGGAUAUCUGUCUCUUUACAUUUUGCCUUUGUGGUGCUCACACCACUGAAGGAAGUACUCUCCUAUUACUCUGAAUGCUGUGAACAGUAUUUUUUCAGAGAAUGCCAAAACGUUGGUGAAUAAAACCAUAACUAUAGGCCUUGCUAGUUACUGAUAGAUGUGAGUGACAAAAUGUUUCUUGUCAUUUGGGUGAACCGACCCUUUAAUGUCUCAGGUGCCAAGCAUUUAACCCGCUCUCACAUCACUCUGAAGUACUUACUUUUUCAAAUCAAAUGAAUGCCCCUUUUAAAUGAUUUGUUAAAAUGACUUAAAGCUGCAUCAAUUCAUUUCUAACCUUCACAACGAGCAAAGAAAGCAACAUUAUGAUUCAUUUGGAGUUGUGUGCAUGUCACCAUAUGAAUGGAGUUGAUAUGGUUGACCCUCUUUUAGCUCAUUGUUCCUGAUCUCCACCAACUCAUGAGAAUUCACCAGCUAACUGACUUUGUAUCCGAGCCAUUCGGUUCAAUGAAAGCAGCACGAAAGUCUCUUUUUUGGUUUAGAACAUCUGCCUGCUUCUGGAAACAAUAUGAAGUGAUAGCAGAAUGGGCUGUUGAAAAGUAGUGUUGGUGAUCAUAUUUUUGCUAAAUGUUUAGCAACCUCAUACACAAUGUUCUUUUGAUCAAUUUUUCGUAUAAGAAAUAUUGGUGCAGCUUUAAAAUGAUAUAAUAAUAAGCUUGAACAACUCAAAUAACUCUCAGAAUUUGAUACUUAUGGAAUCCUCCAGGUUCAAUUGUUGUUUGUGUCUAUUACAGCAAACUGGCUCCAACUGCUCCUACCUUGUUGCUGUGUAUUUCUCUUGUUUAAUUGAACUUUUGUGUUGCUGCUUCUCUGAAACAAACACUGGCUUUUCUACUCCAAAGGUUGUUCUAUCAAAUAAUAUGAACAAAAACAUGCCUUUCUCACACAUUGCUCAACCUUUCUUGAAAAAACAACAAAACAAAUCUGGUAUCCUGGUUAAAUGCGCAGGCUGAGAUCAUUGAGUAAAAUAUACAAAUGCAAAAUGUUUACAAUUGCCAUGCAAAAAUGGCUCGGUUUCAUUGGACUGGUUCUUGGUGUCGUGGAAAGAGACAAAGUUUCCUCAACCUUGUCUUUAUUCCAACUUUUGGGAUGGCUCAGCAUUACAUGGAUACAAGUGCACCUCCGACAUUUGCCUUAGAACUUGCAAAGGCCAUAGUUCACAUUCAAGUGAAGUGAGUGAAUGCAGGGGCCCGGCCCCCAUCCCUGAGUCACCAGUGCAGACUUCCUCACACUUAUCUACCUGUGAAAUCCUUCAUACCUCUCAUAACUGGUCAAUGACUGUAUCAGCAAACCGCAUCAGGUGUUUUUCUACAUGCUUUUUACACAGAUUACAUGGAUUAUUGUAUUAGUAGAUUUUGGUGCAUCAUUUUUUAUGUAAUAGCUCUUAAGCUUGUAGUUCAAGUUGUUUUUUUGUUUUCAUUUUUCGAGAUGACUGUUUUGUGUUAAUAAUUGUCCAUUUGAAAUAGCUGUUAUUUCUCACUCUACUAAGAGUUCUUACCUUUAUCAUUUUGAAAUGCUACAUGACCCUAAUUAAUUAAAAUGACUUAAAAACCAUUGUAAAUAUGGUAUUGUGCAAACCCCAUUUUCAUUCAUUUCAAUUGCUUGUGUUAUAUAAAUGACUCUUUUGUCUAGACACCAUUUCUCUUUAUGAAAUAAAGAAACAUGCAUAUCA